AUGAGGGAUUUCAUAUUGGUGUAUAGAACAUUGAACGAAGUACUAAAUGGUGAAGAAGACACAAUGACAGCAAAACGCUUGAAUCUUCUGUUUAUUGUUUUUAUGGUUGGACUUAUAUAUUGGCACUUACAUUCAGCAUUUAGGAUUUCACGUGUCUUUAUGUUUCAAACAAUGAGACUGCAGGAGCAUUUGUGCCAGCACAUAUAUUAUAUGAUGCAUUCCAUGGAAAUAUCACAAUUUUACAGGAGUAAUAGUUCUACUAUUUAUCAUUUGAGGUUUAUGCACUGUCUAGAGAUAAGGGAGUGCCCUUUUCGUUCUUAUGGCAAAAACUGCAUCCAAAACAUAAGGUUCCUACAAAUGUUGUAUGGCUAUGUGCUGCAAUAUGCAUUCUUCUUAGUCUACCAAUAUUGA